AUGCGCAUAGCCAAAGCAGAGUUCGAAGCCAUGCUCUGGGAGGGAAUCGCCCGCCCCUCCGACGGCCCAUGGGCCUCGCCACUUCACCUCGUCCCGAAGAAGACCGAAGGCUGGCGGCCAUGUGAGGACUACCGUGCCCUCAACGCCCGCACCAUUCCGGACAGGCACCCCGUUCACCAUAUACAGGACUUCACCCAUUGCAUUUCUGGCUGCCACGUUUUCUCCGUGCUAGACUUGGUCAAGGCCUACACACACAUACCCGUCAAUCCGGAGGACGUCCCGAAAACUGCAAUCAUUACUCCUUUCGGCUUGUUCGCGAUUCCCUACAUGAGCUUUGGCCUGGGGCCCUUGCAUCCAGCUGGACGCUAUCGCUACUGCCUCACCGCCAUCGAUCGGUACACUCGAUGGCCUGAGGCAUGGCCCCUCAAGGAAGACGUCGCCUGGGCCAUCUUCGCCGGCUGGAUUGCCCUCUUCGGGCCCCCUCGCUGCGUCACCACCGACCAAGGACGACAGUUCGAAUCGCACCUUUUCCGGCUGCUCGGGCUGACCAUCGGGUUCGAACGCUCGCGGAUAACCAGCUACCAGCCAUGCGCCAACGGGAUGAUCGAACGUUUUCACCGGCAGUUCAACGCAGCCAUCAUGUGUCACCCGGACUCAACCUGGCCUGAAGCCAUCCCAGCCGUCACCCUAGGUCUUCGCGCCACCUCCAAGCCCGACAUUCAGUCUACACCCGCCGAGCUCGUCUGCGGGGAACCCCUCCGUCUCCCAGGCGAAUUUCUUGCUGCACCACCAUCCACCACGGCGACGUCAGAUCCCACCGAUUUCAUCGCCCGGCUCCGACGCACCAUCGCUGCCCUCCACCCGUCACCUGCGGCUCACCACUGUAAGACCGCCCCCUUCAUCUUCAAGGAUCUGGCAACGUGCUCGCACACUUUUCUCCGCGACGACACCGUCCGCCGGCCUUUACAGCCACCUUACAGCGGACCCUACCCAGUCCUCCAUCGCGACGACAAAACCUUCACCCUGCGCAUUAAAGGGAACGCCCUCCGCGUCUCUAUCGACCGGCUGAAGCCAGCCACCACCGAUUCCGCCGAACUAGGGAAUACGAGUGCACCCACAGACCUCCAUCCACGACCGCCGACAUCGCAGCCUGCUUCUGUCACUACACGCAGCGGACGUCAGGCACGCUGCCCAGAUUUUUACAAGCCCUGA